GCCGGCGCAAUAUGGGGUUCCAGGCGCGUGGUCUCAGCCCGAAGAAGGCGGAGGCGGGGACGAGGCCGGAGCUUGGGUCCCAGGUGCGAAAGCGGAGGCGGGGACGAGGCCGGAGCGCUUAUCCUCGACCAACGUGGAGUACCAGGUACGCGAUCUCGGCCCGAAGAAGGUGAAGGUGGGGUGCUUGAAGCCAGAAGAAGGCGAGCUUCAAGAGGAGGCGACAACAAGCUCGAAGGGCUUACUCUCAGAAUACGUUCUCGGCGCGUGGUCUCAACCUGAAGAAGACAGAGGCGGCGACAAGGUGCGCGGUCUCAACUUGAAGAGGAUGGAGGCGGGAACCAGGCCGGAGCACUUCUCCUCAACCAAUAUCGGGUCCGAGGUGCGUGGUCUCAACUCGAACAGGAAGCUCAAGCUGAAGAAGACAGAGGUGUGGAAGUUCAAGCUGAAGAAGACACAGGCGUGGAAGCUCAAGCUGAAGAAGGGCAAGGACAAGGCCGGGAGGGUGUAUCAUCAACCAAUAUGGGCUUCCAAGACGUGGGGUCUCAAGCUGCAGAAGCGCAACGACAAGGUGCGUAUCCUCAAGAAGAAGAAGGCCGGGAGCGGGAACGAAGCCGUGCAGGCUCGCCUGCAUGGUGUCCCAGGUGCGUGGUCUCAGUCGAAGAAGGCGGAGGCAGGGACGAGGCCGGAGCACUUAUCCUCACCCAAUAUGUGGUCCCAGGUGCGUGGUCUCAGCCCGAAGAAGGCGACGAGGCCGGAGCGCUUAUCCUCAACCAAUAUGUUCCAGGCGCGUGCUCGGAGGCGGGAGCGCUUAUCCUCAACCAAUAUGGGGUCCCAGGUGCGUGCUCUCGCGGACCAGGCCGGCGCAUUUUGGGGUUCCAGGCGCGUGGUCUCAGCCCGAAGAAGGCGGAGGCGGGGACGAGGCCGGAGCUGGGGUCCCAGGUGCGUGCUCGGCAGGGACGAGGCCGGAGCGCUUAUCCUCAACCAAUAUGGGGUCCCAGGUGCGAAAGCGGAGGCGGGGACGAGGCCGGAGCGCUUAUCCUCGACCAACGUGGAGUCCCAGGUACGCGAUCUCGGCCCGAAGAAGGUGAAGGUGGGGACGAGGGCAGAGAACAGAAGCCGAGACCAGGCCGGAGUGCCUAUCCUCAAGCAAUAUGGGGUCCCAGGUGCGCGGUCUCAACUUGAAGAGGAUGGAGGCGGGAACCAGGCCGGAGCACUUGUCCUCAACCAAUCUCGGGUCCGAGGUGCGUGGUCUCAACUCGAACAGGACGGAGGCGAGGAGAGGCCGGAGUACCUAUGCAAGGACAAGGCUGGGAGGGCCCAUCCUCAACCAACAUGGGGUUCCGAGGUGCGGAAGUUCAAGCUGAAGAAGACACAGGUGUGGAAGUUCAAGCUGAAGAAGACAGAGGCGUGGAAGCUCAAGCUGAAGAAGGGCAAGGACAAGGCGUGGAAGCUCAAGCUGAAGGAGACGGAGGCGUGGAAGCUCAAGCUGAAGAAGGGCAAGAACAAGGCGUGGAAGCUCAAGCUGAAGGAGACGGAGGCAAGGACAAGGCAAGGACAAGGCCGGGAGGACGUAUCCUCAACCAAUAUGGGUUUCCGAGGCGUGGAAGCUCAAGCUGAAGAAGGGCAAGAACAAGGCAUGAAGGCUCAAGCUGAAGAAGACAGAGGCAAGGACAAGGCGUGGACGCUCAAGCGGAAGAAGACAGAGGCAAGGAGGAGGCCGGGCGUGGACGCUCAAGCGGAAGAAGACGGGGGCAAGGACCAGGCGUGGAAGCUCAAGCGGAAGAAGACGGAGGCAAGGACGAGGCGAACACUGAAGGAGACGGAGUCGCCGAAGGCGAGCCAUGGAGAGUGCAAGGAAUAUGCCCGAUACUUGGGCAUCGACCCCGGAUACGAGGGAGAAGAGACACACAACGCGAUGUUGUGCCCGAGCCUCGGCGAGGACGAGGCCGGAGCGCUUACCCUCAACCAAUAUGGGGUUCCAGGUGUGACGUCUCGCAGCCCGAAGAAACUGGAGGCGGGAACUACGGGGUCCCAAUCCGGAGAAGGCGAAGGCGGGGAAGAGGUGCGUGGUCUCAACCUGAAGAAAGCGGAGGGGACGAGGCCGGAGGGCUUAUCCUCAACCAAUAUGGGGUCCCAACCCGAAGAAGGCGAAGGCGGGGACGAGGCCGGUGUGAAGUCUCAUCCCGGAGAAGGAGGAGGCGGGGACGAGGCCAAAGCGAUUAUCCUCAACAAAUCUGGGGUCCGAGGUGUGAAGUCUCAUCCCGGAGAAGGAGGAGGCGGGGACGAGGCCAAAGCGCUUAUCCUCAACCAAUAUGGGGUCCUAGGUGCGUGUUCAGACAGCCCGAAGAAGGCGGAGGCAGGGUGCGUGGUCUCACAGCCCGAAGAAGGCGGAGGCGGGGACGAGGCCGGGAGUGUGGAAGCUCAAGCGGAAGAAGACACGGGAGUGUGGAAGCUCAAGCGGAAGAAGACAGAGGUGUGGAAGCUCAAGAUGAAGAAGACAGAGGCAAGGACGAGGCCGGGUGUGGAAGGGCUUAUCCUCAACCAAUAUGGGGCUUCCGAGGUGUGGAAGCACAAGCUGAAGAAGACAGAGGCUCGCCGAGACCUGCGCAGUGUCCAACAGGACCCCGCCAUGUUGUCAGAGCAGUCUUCAGGGCGAUACAUCGUCAGCGACGACGUGGAGCUGCCAGAGGAUCGCGUCCAGUACAGCGACGUGAACCUACUUCGACAAGCCCUCCUCGACGCCCGUGAGUUCCUUCGCUCAGGCUAUACGGAAAUCCACUUCCGAGUCUGGAGGCGCGACGAACCGAUGAAGCUUCUCUGCGCACGGAGUGCCAAGCAGCAUGAGGGCACGAUGGAACUCUACCUCACCUACGAGGACGGCGGCGAGGAAGAGGGCCUGCUGCAUCCGGCAGGAACCGGUUGCACCGGACCGUUGUUCGCGUUUGCCAGCAGACGCCAAGACGGCAUUCCAGCUCCUCGACGACGGCUGGGCCGUGCUCAUACAAUCUUCUUCUUCAAGAACGAUCUGGUGGAGUGGACGGCGGCUCGCGGCGAGGCAAAAAGGUGCAAGGAGGGCCUGGUGCAUCACAUGCGGCCGCGCUCCUCCAUCAUGUCGCAGUCGGGCAUACAGGUGCUCAGUCUCAGCGGGAACAACGUUGGAGGCGGAGACACGGACGAGUCCCGAAGGCUCGCAUGCCGAGAGAUUCGCCUAUCCUCAACCAAUACGGCGUCGCAGGUACUCCGGAAGCAAGGCCAGAGCGCUAUGGGGCUCGGGGUCCGCGGUCCCAGCCCGAAGAAGGCCGCCGGAACGAGGCUGGAACGUUUAUCCUCAACCACUGUGGGAUUCGAGAUCAGCAGCCCAGAAGCCGAAGAAGGCGAAGGCGGGGACGAGGCCGGAUCGCUUAUCCUCAACCAAGAUGGGGUUUCAGGUGCUUGGUCUGAAGCUGAGAAGACGGCGGAGGCCGGCGGGGACGAGGCCGGAGCGCUUAUCAUCAACCAAGAUGGGGUCUCGGGUGCGUGGUCUCAAGCCGAAGACGGCGGAGGCGGGGACGAGGCCGGAGCGCUUAUCAUCAACCAAGAUGGGGUCUCAGGUGCGUGGUCUCAAGCCGAAGAAGGCGAAGGCGGGGACGAGGCCGGUAGGGACGAGGCCGGAGCGCUUAUCCUCAACCAAGAUGGGGUUUCAGGUGCUUGGUCUGAAGCUGAGAAGACGGCGGAGGCGGGGACGAGGCCGGAGGGCGGAGGCGGGGACGAGGCCGGAGCGCUUAUCCUCAACCAAGAUGGUGUCUCAGGUGCGUGGUCUCAAGCCGAAGACGGCGGAGGCGGGGACGAGGCCGGCGGGGACGAGGCCGGAGCACUUGUCCUCAACCAAUAUGGGGUCUCAGGCGGGGACGAGGCCGGAGCGCUUGUCCUCAACCAAUAUGGUGUCCCAGGUGCAUGCUCCCAAGCACGAGACUUCAACCUCAAGAAGAACGAGGUGCAUGUUCCCAAGCGCGAGGCCUCAAAUUCACAAAGACAAGGUACCCGAUGCUGGCUUCGAGAGCCACAGACGACUUCGACUUUGGCCGGCGACUCCAAUGCUUUUCAGUCCAGGAUCUACAAGG